AAAUAUUUAAAAAAAUUAUAAUAAUUAAUGGAAGGAGGAAAGAAGUGGAAGAAAGAAGAGAAAAAGAAAACAUUAGAGAAAUCUCACAAAGAUUACGAAAAAAAGUAUAAGUACUUAAAAAAAGUUGCUAAGCAACAAGUGUUUAUUAAUGCUGCUUUGUAUGAUGAAGUUGCUAACUUGGAAAGACAUUUUGUUCGUAUCAAAGCGGAAAGAAAAUGGCUAAUGAAGAGAUUGUUUAAACAUCUACCUAUGUCUGAGUCACAAGUAAUUCAAAGCACAAAAGCUUUGGAUGCUUUAGAAAGGGCAAAUCCUGGAAAAGUUCCAUUGUCAAUACUGAGUCCUGUUCAACCCGAGCAGGAGAAAGCGAUAGUUACUAAAAAAAAAGUAAAGCUACAAUCACCUUUAGUGGAUACAAAUCGAAUUAGCCCAACUAAAACUUCGUAUAAAACUCCUCAAACUCAAUUCGAGGAAGAUAUUCGUUUAAGCGACGAGAAGCCGAAGCGUAAGAAACCUGGUACAGCAAGAAAACGUGUUCUUCCACUUCACCUCGAUGAUCUCGGUGUCCCCCUUUUUCCUAUCACAUUGGGUACAUUGUGCGUCUAUGACCUUGGGGAGGUUGUUUCGCAUAAACCUGGUUUUCACUCAGAACGUUAUAUAUGGCCAGUUGGUUUCUGCAGCACACGGUUAUACCCGAGCAUGAAAGAUCCAGAUUAUCGCGUGCAAUAUUUCUGUUACAUAAAAGAUGGAGGAUCUGACCCAAUGUUUGAAAUUAUUCCCGAGGACGAACCUGACCAACCUAUAACAGCAAUGACUGCCACCGCUUGUCAUUGUGUUGUUUUAAAAAGAUUAAAUACUGCUCGUGGAAAAACUGCUACGAACACGGGAUCUGGUCCCGAGUUUUUUGGUUUUUCUCAUCCAACUAUUCAAUAUUUAAUCGAAAAUCUUCCUGGUGCUAACUACUGCGAAAAAUAUCAGCGUCAAAACUUCGAGCUAGCAGAGAACACCACAGCCGCCAGCGGUAAUGUUAUACGAAUCGACAAUCUACCAAACUUACUAUGUUAUAAUCGUUUCCAGCUCAAACUGCCUCAAAUAUAAUUUUUUAAGUUAA